CGCGGAAGCGACAGGCGCGCUCAUCUCGCUGGUGACUGAAGGCAUCGCCGAGCGGAGAAGAUCCUCCAGGUUAACGUCCGUCUGAAAGCCUUCGGACCGGUACGAUGCUCCGACCGAGUCUCCGCGCGGCCGCCAGGACUUGAGGAGCGACCCGGUCCGUCCACAGGGACACUUUUUAUUUAUUUUAUUUUUCGAGUGUAGAAAGAGAAGAACCCUGCCCGGUCAUCCCGCAGCUCUCUGGCCGUCUGACCCCAGUGUUUUCACGGCGGAGUCCGUCGGCGUCCCCUCGGCGCGAUGUGGAACACCGGGACCGCGCCGCCGCCGCCGCUGCUGCUGCUGCUGCCGCUGCUGCUGUGCGUGCUCGCGGCGUCCGGUGAACUCCAACAGGAGACGGAGCCGCGGAGACUCCCGCCGCCCGGAAAGUUGGAUUUCGGUUACGUGCCUGCGGGAGUUUACGAGACUCUGGCCCAUUACGAACCGGGGCCGAUCGGCAUCCUGUUCCACUUGGUGCGCGCCUUUCUCUGCGUGGUGCAACCCAACGCGUUCCCGCAAGAUCUGAUCGUCAAACUGGCGAAGGACAAAUUUGGAUUCGCUCAGACCGAAUACCGAAAGCCCGAGAACAUAGUGCUGACCCUUCAGGUCAUCUACUACGAGAUCGGCUUCGCGGUGUGUGCCGCGGUCGGCCUGGUGUUCGCCGUGCUGGUGCCGCUGAUCGGCCUCUUCUUCUGCUUGUGCCGCUGCUGCGACAACUGCGGCGGCGAGAUGCACCAGCGGCAGAGGAAGAACGCGGACUGCCGCCGCGGCCUGCUGGGAACGCUGCUCUUCGCCAACUCGCUGGUCAUCACGAUCGGAGUGCUGUGCGCGUACGCCGCCAACCAGAACCUGAGCUCUCAGGUGAAGAACAUCCGGAGGCUGGUGAACAGCAACAUGAGGGACCUGCACACCUUCGCCAACGACACGCCCAUGCAAAUUGAUUACCUAAUAUCCCAAUACGCCACGGCCAAGAACAAAGUCAUCUACGACCUGGACAAUAUCGGCCCGCUGUUGGGUGGAAGGAUACACGAUCAGUUGGAUAAGGAGGUGCAUCCGGCCUUGGACAAAGUGCUCAAUAUGGCUGGAGUGAAAAUCGAGAGAUCCAUCAAAGCCAUGCGGCAGACCAAGGAGGCCCUGGACAACGUGAACGUGGGUCUGGACGUCCUGCAGGAGGGAACCGGGAGGCUCAACUUCAACCUGAGCCUGGUGCGGACCGGCAUCAACCGCACCCUCGACGACCCGGGCUGCCACGACGAGGAGUCCGACGCCACCUCCGCCCAGCUGUGCCGCAACAUCCGCCGCUCGCUGUCCCAGCUGCAGAUCGCCGCCAAUUUCUCCAGGCUGCCGAAGGUGAACGCUCAGCUGGAAAAGAUGAACAACGUCUUGAGAACGGACCUCAGCGCCGUCGUCCAGAGGGGCUACGACUCUUUAAACAACACGCCGCUCAUGGCGGUGGAACAGACCCGAAGCGCCGUGGAGAGUGUGAGGGGUCUGGUGGACGGCAUCGGCAGUAACAUCAGCAGCUUCUCCAAGGUUUUCCCCGUGCAGACCUCCGUGUCCAACUUCAACAUCUUCAUUAGCCACGCCCACGCCAAGAUUGAGGACCACUACCCUGAUAUUGACAAGAUGGACUUCUACAGGUGGAUCGGCUGCAUCGCUCUCUGCUGCAUGGUGGUCCUCGUCCUGGCCUUCAACUACCUGGGCCUGCUGUGCGGCACGCUGGGAUACGACAAGCACGCCUCGCCUACCACGCGAGGCUGCAUCUCCAACACGGGCGGCACCAUGCUCAUGGCCGGCGUUGGAUUCACCGUCAUCUUCUCGUGGGUGCUGAUGGGAGUGGUGACCGCCAUCUUCCUGGCCGGAGGAAACGUGGAGAAGCUUUUCUGCGAACCCUUCCACACCAAAGACGUCUUUAAGGUUGUGGACACCCCGUAUCUGGUGGACCCGAACCUGAAGAACUUCAUCCCGGGCUUAUUCUACAACGACUCCCAGCUGGAGCUGACGGCAGAGAGCUUGUACAGCACUUGCAAGGAGAACAAAGGCAUCUACACAGCCAUGCGUCUGGACAAAGUCUUCAACAUCUCCCUGUUCCUGAACACCACAUUGUUCACGAAGGACGUGGUGAGUCAGCUGGACGGCGUCAGGAUCGACCUGAGGGGAACAAUCCUGCUGGAGGCCGAGGGGGAGCAGAACCUUCUGGACUUCUCUGAAGCCGGGCUCUCAGAAAUCAACUACGCAGACUACCUGGAGGAGGUCAACAAAGGAGUCACUGUGAUGGACCUGCUCCUGUUUGCCACAGAGCUGGAGGCCCAGACGGACCUCAUGCCCCGCGGCGCCCUGCAGAGCGCCCUGAAAGGCCACGUCGGCACUCUGCGGCAGAUCCACAGCCAGCAGAUCGUCUCCAUGGAGCAGGGCAUGAAACAUGUUAGAGCGAGGAGUGCGUUGAACCAGAGCAUGAGGUUCCUGGAGAGGACGGCGUCAGACCUGCCGAACAAAGUCUUAGCCGUUCUCGAUGCCAUCAAAGCGGCCCAGUACCUCGUCUCCCAGAAUGCAACGCAUUUAAUCAAUCUGGAAACGCGAAAAUACACAGCGACCAUUGUGGGCUACUUCCAUCAAUACAUGGAGUGGGUCAAAACAUCAUUGGCUCUGGAGGUCGCACCGUGCAAGCCCCUCAGCAACCUGCUGGACACGGCCGAGAUCAUCGCUUGCAGCUUCCUGGUGGACUCCAUGAACGCCUUCUGGAUGGGUUUGGGCUGCAGCACCCUCUUCCUGCUGCCCGGCAUCAUUCUGGCCGUGAAACUAGCCAAGUUCUACCGCAGGAUGGACACGGAGGAUGUUUACGAUGAUUCCUCUGUUUCUGGGACUUGGCAUUUCACUUUGUGAUAACCAUUCCUACUAUUUCCAUCUUCCAUAUCUUGUUUUUUGUUACAUUCUUCUCUGUCAAGCACUUGGCACUUUACAAAGAAACAUUGACGCGUUCGUCGACCUGCAUAUUUCUCCUCAUGGACCUUUUUUUCGCCACAACGUAAAGUCUCUGGUCGUGUGAUCUGUGUCCGGGUGACAACUUCACGGUGCAUUUCUAUCAAUGAACAUUCCCGUUGACCUCUUUAUGUUGUUGUUUUUUUUUCCUUUUGUGUACCUUCAUAGCAUUGAGACAAUUCCCAUGAAAACGUAAGCCAUUCGAUCCACCUCCUCUCUCCCUUUUCAGCUUCUGUCACUCUGUGCUCUUCUCCGGAUGCUGUACAUAGACCCGUUUACUGAACUACUGGUGCUGGUUUACGUCUUUACGCUUGGACUUGCUCUUUCGGGUGGAUGGUGUGGCUUCUUGUCGUGUGCUACCUUUGAAAAGUGCCCCUUACCUUUCACGAAGGGCUCUUGGAAUCAUUACCUUACGAGUCCCUGUGUUCAUAGUGUAGAUAAAACACUAUGGUUUAUACAAAAAAAAUAUAUAUAUAUAUCUCUUAACAUUCUUGAAAAGUUUGACUACUCAAAAAAAGAAAGCGUUUUUACUAGAAGACCGAUCAGCAUGUCUCCCACAUUACAUUUUUCAUCCCCUUGUCUGUACACAAUAUUUUGUUUUCAGUAUGGAAAUUGGUAAUAAUGGUUAUCAUAGCGAGAGCCCACGAGGUAUCCCAAACCCCAUGAUGACGAGGUAACCCUUCGUAUAGUAAUGCCCUUACUGCAUGUCAUGGGAGGAGGAGGCAUGUCUGAAUCACACACACACACACACACACACGCAUGCAUGUUUGUCUGUUUGACCCGCCUCCUCACGGCGUCGUAAUGACGGCGCUGAGCGUGUGCCGGAUGUUCUGCUGUGCGUCUUUUUGGGGCGGAUCUCGUUUCACUAACCGACUGCUUGGUCUGUGUGCGCAACGUGAGUUGAAAGUCACCCUGUUUCUUCUCGUUUAGAGUCAGCCAGAGUCCGACCAAUGUACACCUGAUCAUUUUGUUCCGAGAGAGGCAAGCAUGCAGCGCUUUGGUGUGACCUUUUUCUUCUCCACCUAACGGGACGUCUAACCGCAUGUGUUGUGUUUUUGAGGUUGCAGAUGAAACAGAAGCUGUGAGAAGAGAGCAGGACAGCUAAAGCAGACGCCUUUGCUUCCACAGUCAUCCUCUUUUAAAUCAAUUGAACUUUUACACGAGUGGAGGAUCAUUUCAAAAGGAGCGAUCCGAUAUUAAAUAAAAAUAUCGAGCUCCAAACAUCUGUGCAAGUAAAAAAAACAAUCUCCAAAAAUCCAGCAGGCUUUUAAAGGGGCAAUGAGUAAUUUAUGACUUCUAUUGACCUUCAUUAAAAAACCUGAGAAAUCUGUGAACCUGGAGAAAUGGCCCCCAACUAACAGAAGACUACCUCGUGCUUUGAGACUUUCUGCCCCUUUAAGUGACCUUUGUCGGAUGCUGAUGCCGCUGCUCUGCUCUCCGGCCUGUGACCGCUCGUCCCGUUUCUCACAAAGUUAAAGCAGCCCGCUGGUAGCUGUGCUGUGAUCCUAAAGUGUGUCCUCUUGUGUGUGUGUGUGUGUGUGUGUCCCUGUGCCGGUAGCGUCCCCACCUAUGACUCUAUGAACAGGUUCCCGCGGGCCUCGGCUCCUCCGAGGCACAUCGACUGGUGACGGGGAGCCGGCCCUUGUCCUGGCUCCUGAAAGGUACCGUUUUCAGCGACGUCCUUUAGUUCGAUGACUUCCGCGCCGACCUUUCGGCCUCUCUCCCACGCGGCCGUCACCUCGUCCCGCCGCCAUCGCCGUCCGCCUCAUUUCCUCUUCUAACCCAACUCUCUUAACACUUCUUUACAGCUGGUUUUAGUGCUUUUCUGCUCACAGUCACUUUGCAGGAGAACCAUCAUGGUGAGAAAUGCUAAUUUCGGAAUGAGUAACAAACCACAAAUGUCCUCCUGGUGUGACCACUUUCUGCUUUGUGUGAUGCUAAUGAAGGAGAACAUGGUAAAAAAAAAAAAUCCCCUGGAUGUCACACAACACGCUGUCAUACUCUCUCCCUGACCACGUAGAUGCGUUUUGCAAUAUAGCUUUUAACAUCUGAAGGGAAAUGCAGAGAGGAGAUCAGGUCGUAUAGUAUACCGCUAUAUAAUAUAUAUCCCAAGUAGAAAUAAGCCCCACGCAGCACUUUCAAUACUCUCUAUGGAGCUUCAUGAGACACUGAACAGCAGCAUUAAUCUCCUGGAAGAGAAGAGAGAAAGCACACUUCAUAUUUUAUUAAACUAAUUUAUUGUUCUCCAAUAUUUGCCUCCUCAGUGCCCUCGGAAACUGGAACUGAAAUACAGCACAAUAACUGUCUGUUUGACGAGCCCUCGGACCAGAAGAAGCUGCUUUUCUCACACAAGAAGAAGAAAACACGAAUCCCUUCGCGUGUACCUUUUUUUUGUACCCGUAGCUCUACUGAACCUCCUCCGAGGGACAUCAACCUCUUCUUCCCCAGCAUCAAUCUGAGCCACGCUUGCUCUGCAUUAUUAGUCGUCGUUUUUUUUUUUUUUCAAGGACCGCCGUGUCUGCGUUUACAAUUGUUCAGACACGAAACCACGCUGAGAAAUGACUCUGGACCACAGCGAUGCCUGUUCGUAUCGACGUGUGAGCUGUUAGAGGACACCUGUUCUCCUACGUCCAACACCUGCUACCACACAAAGGGGAACGGUCUGUUCACCUGUGAGGACACGGGACAUUUAGCGGUUUGUUAAGCAUGACUUUACGAAAACGAAAUGUUUACAACAUUAUGAAAGCAUCCAGACGUCUUUGCUGGUUAUGAGCAGAUUUCAGAUGACUCGUUGCCUUUUAGAACUUAGUUCCACGCAGUUGUUGUUUUUGUCAGACGUGCUUCUUUGUUUUAAGGGAAAAUCCACUCGUGAAUGAAAUGUGAAACACAAAUGGUUUAAUUGUCGGGCCAUUGGGAUCCUAAAGUGUCUCCCCUUGUGUUUGAUCUGAAACCCCAAAAAGAAUUAAAAGAAUUAAGCUAUUUGUAGUCUUACAAGUUGUUUUGGUCAAUGGCCGGUUAGAAGUUUAACCAAAGAGGGACUUUUUCUAGCUGCCAUUGACUCAUCUGAUUGGUUUGAGAAAACCGACCGAUGAGGCAAACACAAUAUUUGAAAAAUGAACCAUUAGCUCAAUGAAAAGCAGGCCAUCAAGAAAUACUGAUUUAUAAAUCAUUUUCAGUAUUUGAGGUGGAUUUUCCCUUCAAUUCACAUAAAGUCAGAGCAUUGCCUCGAUCGAGGGCUGUUCCCGAGCCGGCAUCAUGUUGAGUUCACCACCGUCACAUUUCUACGGAGGUUCUUCCUGCUUUCGUAGUGAGGAUGCGUUUAAAGUGGAGAAUUACUUUCUCGCGCCAAAUGUUUAUUUGUAGACUCAGCUCUUCUACCAGAGAUGUGCUUAAUCUGUUCUGCUUCUUAAAACCCCACAGUAGCUAUGGAUACAGUUAGUUUAGUUUUUUUAAAUAUAUGGAACGAGCGAAUGUUUCAAGAGCUUUCUUUUUUUUUUGGUAUAACUUGUGAAAUAUGCUGAAUCACUAAUGCAGUGGGCAGGCCAAUCUAGUCCCCCCCCCCUCCCUCCAUGUUUACAGGUUAGAUUUAGACAAUCCAUUCAUGGGACAAUUCACAACGUAGAAAACCAGUAGAAAGCUUAAUGGUUUGCACAGUGGAUGGUGUCCACACUGUAGAAAACGUCCAUCUUAACUUUGAAAAUUGUAUUAAGCUAACUCUAGAUGAGCGAUAAUAUAUGAAAACCAUAUUCAUCAAAAUGAAAUAAAUAUGAAGUACAUUUCAAUGUACAUUUUCACUGUAUUUUGGCGCUUUAUUUACUUUUAGAAUUAGCUGACACGAUUUCUAAGUAACUUCAAAGCUUUCUUAUUGAUCUCACAUUAGAAUUAAAGUUUAUUAGCAAAUUAGCAUAAAAACCACAGAAACAUUUGUUCACCUGGACGACAUCUCCUUUUUAUUAACUAGCAUCACAUUGACAAACUAACUCAACGUGAAUCAAUGAGGAGCAUUUUAAUCACGUAAUCAUUUCAGAUUAAAUCUCCACACAAAGGCCGAGGCUCGUUAGCUAGUAGCUAAGGCUAGUGAGCUAGGUCUUUAUUACACAUACAGUAGUUCAUAUAAACUCGUACAUACAACAGUACCUCAAAGGAAUACUACGUGGUAGCAGGUACAUGCUGUAUUACCGCCAUUUGGAUGAAGUUUACCGGGUGUGGAUUAGCAUAAAAUUAGCGUAGGCUUUGUUUUUUGCUUUUUCUUGCUACGAUGGACAUUUUUAAGUAUCAGUGUGCUCACGUCACAGGACUAUCAUUGUUGUCUGCUAGAGUCUGUGAUCCAGCUUGGGAAAGAGACGGUCUGAUUUUAAGUGCUUAUUAUAUAGUGUAUCCGGACACACGGACACGGCAGUAAGUGGUUUGAGUAAAGUUGGGCACUGAUGGAGCCAGAGAAACAAAUGCGAUGGUGAAAAGUGUAUAAAUUGUGAAUAAACUUUGAAAUUCAAUUCGUUA